AUGCGUAUUGAUACAGGUAUACAGAUGCAGAUCAGUGGAGGUGGUCAGAUGCGCCGGAAAUGGCAAGUGUGGAAAGUGGUUCCCGCCAGCAAUGCGCACAGAACAUGGCUGAGGGAAUUAGAAUCUAAUCUUGGAGAUGUGCUUGAUUUUUGGUCAAGCAUCUCCAAGAUCCCUGGCGAAUCGGUCAACAUCAUGAUCCCUCCCCGAUUCCAGGGCACUCUCAGUGACGUCAUGAACACCAUCGAACUCCCAUAUAAGGUCACCAUCGACGACGUAGGUCAACUUAUAGCCAAUCAGAUGUCAGCUAUUCAUGAGAGGCGGGAUCGUGAACCGCGAUCAAGUUCAUUGGCAAACUUUGAUUACAACGUGUACCACCCAUACGACGAGAUUCAGCAAUGGGUGUCUGACAUAGCAACAGAAUAUUCCGAUAUCGUCUCACCUUUUCUACUAGACCACUCUUAUGAAGGAAGGCCAAUUAAUGGAUUCAAGAUCCGGGGAACUGGAAGCCAGUCUGAAAACCCAACUGCUGUCUGGUUUGAGGGUGGUAUUCAUGCUCGUGAAUGGAUCUCACCGGCUACUGUCAUGGGAUUCACUCAAAAGCUCCUAGACGACUACAGAAAUGGCGACACAUUGGCAGUGAAUAUGCUUGAUAAUAUAGACUGGUAUAUCGUCCCAUCUCUUAAUGUAGAUGGCUAUUCAUACACAUGGGAUCAGGAUCGUCUGUGGAGGAAAACCCGAUCACCAAACCAGGGCUCGUCUUGUACAGGGAAGGACCCGAAUAGAAACUGGGCAUUCGAAUGGGGAGGUCCAGGUACCAGUCCAUGGCCUUGCUCAGACAAGUACCAUGGUCCAGAACCACUCUCCGAACCCGAGGUGGCCGCUGUGACCAGGUUUUUGAGGGAACGUAAAGCCCAGGGCCAGGACUUCAUUGUCUUCAUCGAUUGGCACAGCUUUUCACAGAAGGUCAUCGCACCGUGGUCGUACAAGGACGUCGAUACACGCACCAAAGAUUACGAUGACCAGAUGGCUUUCGCUCGAGCUGUAGUAGAUGCUAUAAACGGGGUUCAUGGCAAGGAAUUUACGUACGGAGCUGGAGCUGAAAUUAUGUACGCGGCUGCCGGAUCUAGCAAGGACUUCGGGUACGCGGACUUUGAACCGACGGGCGACGAUAAGAACGGCGGCUUGGGAUGCAAAUACUCGUACACCAUCGAACUCCGUGACACGGGCGAGUACGGCCAGCUUCUUCCAGAAUGGCAGAUUCAACCGUCUUACGAGGAAAUCUACGCCGCCGUGCGAGCCAUGGGUGACCAUAUUUUGAGAGAACUUGGUUUUAUAGCUUGAAAAUCAAUAAUGAAUGAAUAUACAGACAAAAUGAAUUAUCAAGGAUGAAUGGGAGAAUUAACGAAUACAUAAUAUGGAUAAAGAUGUGGAAGGGAAGAUAGAAAAAUACUAAAAAUUGAGGAUUGGCCGAAUCAUCGAUCAAGUCGAUCGCAUAAAUUUGAAUUAACGAACAAUAAUAACAUCACAAAUAAUUAUUCCCAUAAAUUCAUUUGCAUCAGGUGAAAUUUGCCAUUCUUUUUAGCUCAUUCAUAAAUGGGGAUGGCGUCAUGACUUAAUGUGACGGAGGAGGGCGGUGGAGACUGAUUUAACUGGAAGUAAUGGACGAAAAAUUAAUUUGAAGAGAAAUCUCAUGUUUCGAUUAUGUAAUAAACGCUUUUUAAAAAG